UUCCUCCCCCACUUUCUCUCUCUCCUCCGGUUCUCUCCUGGUUUUCAGACUCCACACUCCCCCUCUUCUAUGUUCUCCUGCUUCACACCAAGUGUGUGUGUGAGAGUGCGUGUUUUAUGAACAAUUGGGGGUCUUGUGUGGAACGAAUGACAGCAUCAACCUGCUUAGACACCAGCAAAAGGGACCAACUUAUAACUGAAGUGGUGCAAUUGCUUCAAAACAACAACGGAACUGAUGGUGAUUAUGACGAUAUAAAGAGCAACAUAGGAGAAGGUUGUUCGAAGAUGGUGAUCAGAGAGUGUAGGAUAUGUCAAGAAGAAGAUGAAGAGCACGAUUUGGAAUCUCCUUGUGCCUGUAAUGGCACCCUCAAGUUUGCUCAUAGGAAAUGCAUUCAGAAAUGGUGCAAUCACAAAGGGGACAUAACCUGUGAGAUUUGCAGUCAGGUUUAUUCACCGGAUUAUGCUCUUCCACCAGCAAGAAGCAAUCCUGAUGUUAUGACUAUUGAUAUCAGGCAUGCAUGGGGCCCACAAAUUGAUCUCAGGGAUACUCGCUUCCUGGCCUUUGCUUCUGCUGAGCACCGGUUUCUUGAACCAGAUUAUGAAGACUAUGCUGUAGCAAGUAAUAGCAGCGUUGCUUACCUCCGUUUCAUGGCUCUCAUUUUGAUGCUGAUAUUGCUGGUACGCCAAGCUUUGCUAAUCACAAGAGACUUGGGGAUGGUGCCAGAGUCAUCAAAGUUCUUCAACUUUCAGGUUUCCGUUCUUCAGCUGGCGGGUUUUCUUCUUCCAUGCUACGUGGUUAGUCGCUCAUGGUUGAUGAUUAUAAGGCAAAGAAGAAGGCAGGUGUAAUAAUAGCAAUCAGAGAAGAGCUUCUGUAUAUCCAUCCGAUAAGCAGUUCCAAGGCGAUGGCUAUGAAGUUGAAUGCAGUAAAUAUUAGCAGCAGUCAGCAGUUCCUGAAUCAAAGAUGUUUUCCUCUUAAAACUGAAUCUGGUUUCAACUGCUUCAAUUGAUGCCAUCUUUCUUGCACAUUAUGUAAAUUGUGAAUAUGGUGAUUGGUGUUUCUUGCAUUUUCGUUCUAAUGUUGGACCCGUCUGAUUCGCUAGAGUUUGCGACAGGAUUUAAUGUCGGAAAUUAAUGGAGAAUCGCUUUCAAC